CGUACCGUUGAAAAUUCAUCUUCUUCUAUUCCUCCUGUCUCAUGCUAUCUUUUUGCAUAGCGGGCUUAUCAGACUGCGCAUACAUAUUGAAGAUUGAAGACUGCGAGUUGGAGAUUCAGAAUUCAAUCAGUUGGAAUGAAACAGAUUAAAAUUAAAAUUAUCUGAUUGAUCAAGUUCUAAUCGUGAAUUCGCAAAUCUUAAUCUUCAAUGCGUAGUCUCAUAUGGAUAUUUCUAGACUUACAAUAAGUGUAGUAAGGCUUUUGCUUAUCGCUCUAACAAUUAGUCUUAUAAGUAAUUAAACUGCGACGUUUUUUUUCAGCAAAAAGUGUUUCCAACGUCUUAAGUCGUAAUUCCUAAGCACAAGCUGGUCAGAUCGCAACUGUAAAUUUUAAAGCUUAAAGCAAAUUAACAUCACAGCUCAGAAUUUAGAGGCCAAUAAAGACCUAUUGUAGAUCGGAUUUGAAAAUCGCAAAAAUUGAAAUUGAUAAAUGCUUUAUUUUCCAUGAAAAUUAUAUCGAAAUUAUGUUGAAUGAGUCGGCGACAUUUUUGCGUAACCGGUUUCCAUUAAUUACAAUAUAUGAUCUCAUAAUAUAUGCAAGAAAUCAUUCAUAUGCCGCAAAAAACUGGAAAUUUUCAGCGUUACAAAAAAAAAAGAGGAAAUAUACGCCUGACGUAGAGAUAGGUUUGACGUGAAAAUUAUUUGCAGCGAGAUCAAUCCGAGUAUCAAUCGAUUUAAAUCAACCAAUACAUUAGAAUCUAUAUGAAUAUAAUCAGUAUAAUCAUCAGUAUAAUCAUCAUAUUAACAUAUUUGCAUUGAAUGAAACCUGUUACGGAUAAACAUCUUUAUCGUUUAGCGUAUUUUUGUUCUAAGACUGUGUUUCGAUACUGCCAGUGUUGAAAAAUUUAUAUAAUACGCAUAAUGCUAGCUAAGUGCGAAUCAAUACGUGACUAAAAUAUAUGGGUUGAAUAUCGAUCGAGUUAAAAAGAGGAAGCAAGCAGGCUUUUACUUUCCACGAUACAGACAUGGCAACUACCGAAACGUGCAAAGUGAAGUCGCCGAUUAAGAACAUAGGCCGCAGGAAUGUCGUUCCCAUAAUCCACGUUCGAGGAACGCACUACGAGAUCGGCUUUGACAUCGGACACACCUUCGCCAAGAUGAUUCAGGAUUUCGUGGACAUCUAUCAGCCGCUGAACGAGAUCUAUCUGCCGCUAUUCGCGACCGAGCAGGGCAAGAAGGUUUACGAUGAAACCCUUAACGCGGUCAAGAAACAGUUCCCGCAGUACUUGAGGGAGAUCGAGGGAACGGCGGACGGCGCCAACGUGCCGUUUUACAAACUGUUUCUGAUGCAUCUGGACGAUAUUAUUUCGAACGUUACCGGAACGGAGGGAAACGCACUUCCAGUUGGUUGUUCAACCAUCAUAUGCAACCAGCCGGGACAUGAGAUCUUGGGUCACAAUGAGGAUGCCGUCAGAGAAACUUUAAACUAUUGGUACCUCGUGAAUGCUCACGUUAUCGAGACGGGCUACAGAGAGGAAAAGUUCACGUCACUGAGCUACGCCGGUUUCCUGCCGGGCUACACGAUGGGCUACAACCACCACGGCCUCGUUUACAGCAUCAACACCCUCAGCGCUGCGGUCCUGCGAUCCGGCAAGACUCCGCGAUAUUUCCUGACACGCGCGCUGCUGGGCGUGGAGAACUUCGUGCAGGCGCAGGAGACGCUGAGGAACGAGCGUUACGGCGCGGCGGAGGGCUUCUCGGUGAACAUGACGUUCCUCGCGCAGGAGGGCGACCGGAUGUUUCACAACGCCGAGGUGGGCCCGGCCGAGGCGGGCGCCAAUCGGUCGCAGCUCAGCAUCCUGACCGUCAGCCCGGGCGAGAAUACCUCGCAUUGCAACAAAUACCUACGUCUAAAAGUGGAGGAAGUGGAGGGGAGGAUCAUAGAGAGCAGCAACAGGAGGAUGGAGGUGAUUUCGAAGCAUCCGCCGGUGGAGUGUCGCCAGGAUGUGAUCGAUAUACUUAGCGAUCAGACGGGCAAGGAUUACAGGAUCUAUCAAGAUUUCGGCAGCGAUGAUGAUGAGAUCAAGACGAUUGCCACUGGCAUCUUCGAUUGCAUCGAGCGUACGUGGUCCAUUUACACGGACAUUCCGAAGACCAACGAACCGAUCCUGGUGAUACCUAUGCAGCUCCGAGACUUCGCGGCCCCGCAAUAUAACAAUACAAAGAAAUAAUCUUUUUUUUUUUCGUCUCGCACGAAUCGCAAAAAUAUAGUGUAUAGUAUAGUGUACAGUUUGCCGUACUGAUAUUUUUUUAGAUAAAAAAAAUUGAUACGAUCUGGCUAUAGAAAAUAUCAGGAUAUACAAAGAUAUCGUGUCGCGAUUAAGAUAUAAAAGAAUAGCGCGUCAUUAGAAAUUAGCAAAGUAUUAAUGUACAGAGAAAAGAUUCAUUAUUUUGCUGCAUAUAAAUGACGAUUUUAUGAGAUUAGGAAACUAUCGACAUCUCAAUAGCCUUAGUGAGAAAAAUGACUAAACUUUAUUAAUACUCUUCAUUAUGUAGAAUGACUCCGUGCGAGAGCGAUUGAUUUGUAAUCCUAGUUCGAUUCUUAUUUCUCAUGUUAUGUAUAUGCCUCAGUUUAUAAGAAGUUAAUUGAAGAGUUGAAAAUUAAGAAUAAAGGAAUAUACGAUGUAAAUUGUAAGAUUAGUUUCGGGAAUAAUACAUUGAUACGUCAUGCAUAAUAAUAGUCACUACAUUUGCCCAUUAAUCAGGCAGAGGAAAUAAAAGCUCACCGCUAUUCUAUUUCGUAAUUUCAGCUUUAAUUUCUUGAUAUUUUUCGUAGUAUGAGUACAUUGUGAUGAUUCUCUUCCUUUUUAGUAUUAGUAGCUUCCGGGAACCAUUCGCAUCCAAUCGGUUGAAAAGUUCGCAAUGUAACGUAAGAUACUAAAUUCCAGUAAAAAAAAAAAGGCAAUCUAAACGAUUAUACAGAAUCAUUUUAUCCUUUAAACAAAAAUCGGCGCGCGAAAACGCCGUGUGAUAACAAUUAUAGCUUACUCACCCAAAUAUGCUAAAAAACAUAAGCAACCGGUCGAUCUUGUUACCGCUCUUAAUUAAAUA